UCGACAUCAGUCUACGGGAAUCAACCUUCGAAGAAAGCUGCAGCUCAAUUUGCAACUCAAGAUGCAGUCCGUUACAAUAUUUUGCUUCGCCCUGGUUUGCUUCACGGCAACAUUACAGGUAGUCCGAGCUCUCCCCCAAGAUGGUGUCCUUACCGAGGAGACCUACGAGUACGUCAUGAGUUUGGUGGACGUCGCCCCAAGCGAAGCUGAAGUUGUGAAACCCCUGCCGGAACACCAUCGUCAGCGAAGGGCCACCUGUGACCUGCUGAGUGGAUUCGGCGUCAACGAUAGUGCCUGUGCGGCGCACUGUAUCCUGCGCGGCAACCGGGGAGGAUACUGCAACGGCAAGAAGGUUUGCGUGUGCCGAAACUGAGAGGCUGAUUGUGUUCUAAGGCUGGCUCGGCAACUCGUUACUCGAUGGAGCGUUGAACGGCGGAAGCGUUAAGUAGGACUGACUUGCGUCAGGCAAUUCCUGCGGAAAUCCAUUACAGGUGGAAAGGAUGGCGAUUAGGCACAGAGUGAAGAUAAGGAAAACUAAUCUUUUGGAAAUCAUCCUUGAAAUGUUAGAAUCCUUGUGAAUUCAACUGAUUCGUUU